AUGGUGUUCGAGGUUCUUGGCUGUAACCUCCUCAAACUAAUAAUCAGAUCAAACUAUCAAGGUUUGCCUCUCGAACAAGUGCGGAAAAUCACUAAGCAGGUACUCGAAGGUCUCAGAUAUAUGCAUGAAAAAAGCAAAAUCAUCCAUACUGACAUUAAACCGGAAAAUGUAUUAGUUACAAUGAGUCACGAAGAAGUGAAGCUCAUGGCGCAACACGCGGUCGUUGCUACGAAAAUGAAUCUGAAAUUAAGCGGGUCAGCAGUAAGCACAGCACCCAGCCAUGUGCAAAAGAAGGUCCAAGAAAAUAUGACCAAAAACAAGAAGAAGAAGCUCAAAAAGAAGGCGAAGAAGCAGCGUGAACUACUUGAGUCUCAGCUUGCUCAAAUGGAAGGCCUCACCGUCGAUCCUACCGCCAUACAAGAAGUUUUGAACAGUGCCCCGGUGAGCUUUUUUAAAUUGUUAUUUUUUCACUAUCCGGAAAUGUCGGUUUAUCACAAGGAUAGAAUUCUGAGCCUGCGGAGUUGCUAGAA